CCUGAAAACAAAUUUAUAAACAAACCAUGAAAAUUUUUUUUCUCACAAUAAGUAUAGUUGAUCAAAUACUGAAUUGAGUUUUUAACUUUCUAUGAUUCACCCAACUUACUAAAUGUCAAAUAAAUAAAUAACUAAAUUUGCAGAGCUAAAAGCAUAAAAAAAAAGAAAAUACGUGGUAGGAAAUUGAGUCUCUAGGACCGUACUCAUUUGGCACAUUUUUCACGACCAUAACACAUAUACAAAAGUAGUGCAUGAUUUCUCAAUUGCAUGAUUUUUCAGAUUUAAUGAAAGCUUUUGCGGUUAUGUAAAAUUAAAAACAAGUUGCUUUCAGGAAGUUUGGUCACAUUAAGCUCUCUAAUUACGUGGUUACGCCUUAUAGGAGUGUAGGGGAACACGGUUUGCGUGAAUCUUCUUGGGUUGGUAGGUUGGAACUGAUGAGUUCUUAACAUGCAUACACAUGCAUACACAUGCAUUCUGUGGUUCGUCUCAAUCUACGUUGCGAUGUGUACAAUUAGACAAAUGGACGUAAUCAAUAAUACACGAACGUAAAAAAUAGCAACGACAAAAGAGGUUAGUAGCCCAAACCGUAAGCGAUUGAUAACCGGGAAAUUUCGAGGAUAAUGCAUUUUCCAAUAAAAAGUUUCUUCAAAAGGCGGGUCCUCCUCUAGCAAGAUAUAAAUAUGAGUGCGCAACCCAUUCGAGUUACUAACGGUUCGGAUUUUUACUCAUACGCUUCUGGAAUUCUUCAAGAACAACACACAAGAUCCUCAUGGCAAGACGGAUCGAAAUUUCAAAGCUUCUCGCGCCGUGUUUGCUGAUUUUAGUGGCGCUGCAGCUAUUUGAACCGAAAACCAGCGUAUCGGCAGAAAGCAAUCUAAGAGAUGUCUACGCCGACUACUUUCAAAUAGAAGACGGAGAUUUUACUGAAAUGGAUUACUUUGAUGAACGUUUAGAUGCAUCUGACAUUGACAGACACGGUUCAAAACAUCGUCGUUUCAAAUUGCGAAACAAACAUAAGAAGAAAAAGUUCAGCUACGGUGCACCAUCACAAUAUGACCCGGCCAAUUAUUAUCAAUCUCCUACGCCCCAUAAAAGACCGUUGGACGGUAAAUAUGGUGUACUCAAGACUCAAAGCAUCGUAACGCCACCAAAGUAUAGAGCUCCACAUCAUCCACCGACACGCCACCAGGCUGCCAUUCCUGUAGCUUCACGCACCCCAGGUUCCAGGCAUCCAGUUUCACGUCCACUAGUUCAUCGCCAACCAGCUUCACAUCCCCAUGUUUCAAUUCCCCAUGUUUCAAUUCCCCAUGUUUCAAUUCCCCAUGCUUCACAUCCCCAUGCUUCACAUCCCCAUGCUUCACGUCACCCUGCUUCGCAUCACCCUCCUCCACAAUCCGCUACUUUACGUCCCACCCAAUCACGCCCUACACUUUCACGACCUACACCUUCACGUCCUUCGACCCCACGGCCUACACCUUCACGCCCUGCGACUACAAGUCCUAAACCUUCACGCCCUGCGACUUCAAGUCCUAAACCUUCACGCUCUACACCUUCGAGUCAAACAUUUUCAAAUUUUGAAUUAUCUCUUCUUCCACUUUCACACCCCGUACUCUUUGGUCCUGAAGGUUUACGCCUUCAAACCUCGCGUCCCAAAGUUUCACAAUCCCCAACUUAUGGCUCCUCUUCUUCCCAAUCCACAACUACACGAUCUCCAACUAAACGUUCUUCGACUUCACGUCCAUCAACUUCACGAUCUCCAACUAUACGUUCUUCGACUUCACGUCCAUCAACUUCACAGACCCCAGCUUCAUAUCCUCCAACUUCCACUACCCUAGCUCCCAGUACCACGGUUUACAGUUCUCCAACAUCCAGUACGACAACAAGUUCUUCAACUUAUUCCAGUACUCCGACUUACAGUUCUUCAGAAUCCAAUGCCCCAACCUACAUCCCUACCACGACAAUUGCAACAGAAUCUAGGUCUCCAGCUUCUAGUACUCCCAAAACCAAGAAGAGUCAAUCGAAAAAGAAAUCAAGUGAUUCAAGUUUAUCUAAACCUGAGAAUGGCCCAAUCAAGUUAACGCAAGAAAUCCCAAUCGAGCCAGUUGACAUCCCUAAAGCGACUUCUUUGUCGUCGGCAUCUGUGUCUAACAAAGAUGACACCGGAUUUUUUUUCAGACCUACGAACAGUUUUCCCAAUUUCUUUAAACAGCUACUGCAAGGUUAAGAACGAGUUGGAAAUGUAACAAGUCGCCAAACACAUUUGAGAAACUAUAGACAUUCCGUUGUCCAUAGUUUCACCUCUUAAUUUAUUAAGCCCCAAACUAAUUUAAAUUCCUUGUCAAGAAGUAGUGAAGCAAACAGGACUAUAUACACUUUCCCGUUGUGCCUUUUCAAAUUUGUUCUAUUAUUGAAUUGUUUUGUUUGCUACUUCUAGUUGUUUAAAUUAUUCGGAAGAGCUUGGCAAUUUCGACCCUAAAUGCCCAGGAUGGCAACAUAGACGCCAAAUUCGAUAUUUACUGUAUUGAACUUUCAAUGUUUCUUGUACCCUAAUUCUCCAUUAUCCUUUUUUUUUUUCAUUUCAGAAAUACAAUUAAAUUACAUAUCAAA